AUGGCGACGCGUGUAGUUCCAGGACGCAGCUUCACCGCUCGAGGCGUUCUGGCCGGCCUCGCAGUGGGAACCAUCAUCUGCUUUUCCAACAUGUAUUUUGGCUUACAAACAGGAUGGGUCUCUAUCAUGUCCAUGCCGGCGAGUCUUAUGGGCUUUGGCAUCUUCAGGCUCCUUGCUCCGCACCUGAGGUUUCCCUUCUCCCCAGUCGAAAAUGUUCUGCUGCAGAGUGUGGCUUGUGGCAUGGCCAUCAUGCCACUAGGAUGUGGAUUUGUUGGCGUUAUCCCGGCCUUGAAUUAUCUCCUGGCUGCCAACGAGCAGGGGCCGAUUGAUCUGAGCACAUGGCAACUCAUAGUCUGGUCUUUAGGGCUUUGCUACUUUGGUGUUGUCUUUGCUGUCCCUUUACGCAAGCAAGUCAUCAUUCGUGAGCGCCUCAAAUUCCCUAGUGGAUUCAGUACUGCCGUCCUGAUCUCGGUCCUGCAUGGCCGAGGUCGUCAAACCACAAAAGAUGAACUUGACGCGGCCGCCAAGGGCGGGUUUGCCAGCCUUGUUCCUCCUGAUGAGCCAUCUCAGUCAGAUACCCCCAGGCCAGCUGAUACAGAUCGAGAGCACCAAUACGACGCUGAAAAUGACCCGUCAGAUCAAGGAGAUUGGGCAGCCAACAUCAAGUUGUUGCUGUUGUGUUUUGGUGGCUCUGGACUCUACACACUCGCUACCUACUUCUUCCCCAUACUGCGCAAUCUGCCCAUUUUCGGCCCAACCGCGGCUCAUAUGUGGCUAUGGACGUUCAACCCUAGCUUUGCCUACAUUGGCCAAGGAAUCAUCAUGGGCACAGAGACAACCCUGCACAUGCUGCUUGGUGCUGUCGUGGGCUGGGGAGUCCUUAGUCCCCUUGCCAAGUUCUAUGGGUGGGCGCCGGGUGAUGUGAACGACUGGGAGCAUGGUAGCAAGGGAUGGAUCAUAUGGAUCUCUUUGGCAAUAAUGUUGGCGGAUGCCAUCGUGAGUCUUGCUUACGUAGGCCUUCGCGGAAUCCUUACCAGUCAGAAAGCCGCUAGCCUUGUCUCCUCUUUACGAUAUCGAGUGAAAGAACAUGGCGUCUUUGGGUUCUGGAAACCCCUCAGCCAUGUUCAUUCGCCACUUCUUUAUGUCGGUACGCCAGGUCGCAUUGAGCGGCAUGAUGACUACCUCGAAGACGACGGGGUGGAGUCAGAAGAUGCCCCCCCACACCAGCGUAUUGGUGGUCGUAUGGUUUCAAUUGGCCUUCUUGCAUCGAUUGCGCUCUGCGUACUUACGAUUCAUAUAGUAUUCGGAGAUCUCGUACCUCUCUACGCCACAACUAUCGCCGUCCUUAUGGCCCUGGUACUAAGUAUCAUGGGAGUCAGGGCGCUGGGCGAAACCGAUCUAAAUCCUGUAUCUGGGAUUAGCAAACUGGCACAAUUGUUCUUCGCACUUAUCAUUCCACAAUCACAUAAGUCUAGUGUUUUGAUCAAUCUAAUUGCUGGAGCCGUGUCCGAGGCCGGUGCUUUACAAGCCGGCGAUCUAAUGCAAGACCUCAAGACUGGUCACCUCCUAGGAGCGGCGCCAAAAGCCCAGUUCUGGGGCCAAGUCAUCGGAGCAACAGUGGGUUCUAUUCUGAGCGCCUUUAUCUAUCGCAUUUAUACAAAGGUCUACACAAUUCCUGGUGAUCUCUUCCAAGUACCGACUGCCUACGUCUGGAUCUUCACCGCAAGACUUGUCACAGGCUCUGGGUUGCCAGAUCGGGCUAAGGAAUGGGCUAUCGGAGCUGCCGUUUUAUUCGCAUUCGUCACCAUCAUCAGAACACUUGCUAUUGGCAAGAAAUGGCGACCUCUGAUUCCAGGCGGCAUUGCCGUUGCUGUUGGCAUGUAUAAUGUCCCAUCCUUUACGCUAGCUCGGACUGUAGGUGGUCUGUUCGCAUGGUACUGGGUCCAUAUAUCGAAGAGGAAGCAAACACCUCUUAUCAUCCUUGCCUCAGGCUUCAUUCUUGGCGAAGGAUUCCUGAGUAUUGUGAACCUUCUACUGCAGGGCCUAGAUGUACCUCAUUUGUGA